AGUCCCGGGUGGCGGCGGGGGCGGCCUGCGGGGUAUGAAGUCGGUGGCGGCGCCGCAGCGGCUAUGGGGCAGCACGGACCCCCGGGGCAGGAGGCCCCCGCCCUCCCCGGCAGCGGCAAAGCCCCGACUCCCAAGGGAGCGUCGAGACAGACCCGCUUUUGUCCGCGGCCUGGCGUAAUCUCCGCGGACGGCAGCCAGAACCGCCGGGCUAGGGCGGGCCGUCCGCGCAGCAGCCAAAUCCCAGUCAGUUCCCCAGCUGGACCUUGUUUCUGGCUGUUUGUGCUGUUGGAAUUGGAGGGACCUUUCAGUAUGGGUAUAAUGUUUCCAUUAUCAAUGCACCCACCCAGGUAAAAUACUGUCUCAUACACAGGGUUGUUUUACAGUGAUGGAGGCAUCCUGUCUUAACUGGCCGACGGGCCAAAUGCACUUUUACUGCGAUCGCAGCAGGAACCAAAGCAGGCUUCCUCUUGUAUGAAGGAUUCUUGUUGACUUUCAGAAUGGUUUCAUGUGAAUUUGUUUGUGAGUACCUCCCAUCAGAGGUAUUCUGUGUCAGAUAAAAGUGCCAAAUAUGCCACAUAAAUAUCUCUGUUAAAGUCUGUUUUAGAAGGAUUAACUGGAUGAAUAAGUAACAUCCUCCAGUUACACCUUUGACUAAAAUAGCCCAGAACAUUAAGAACAGAAUAGAAAGAAUAGAAUAGAACAUAACAAUUUCAGUUGGAAGGGACUUACAAGGAUCACCUAGUCCAACUGCCUGACCACUUCAUGGCUGACCAAAAGUUAUAGCACAUUAUUAAGGGCAUUGUCCAAAUGCCUCUUAAACACUGACAGGCGUGGGGCAUUGACCACCUCUAGGAAGCCUGUCCCAGGGUUUGAUCAACCUUACUGUAAAAUGUCACCACUGUUUCUCCUAAUGUCAAGUUUAAACCUCCCUUGACACAGCUUUGAACCAUUCCCAUGUGUCCUAUUGCUGGCUAAUAUGGAGAAAGGAUAGUUACAGUUGUCCAUCACAAGGCAGCUUACUGAGAAAGAUCAUCUUAGUCAAAAAGUUGCAUCUGUAGUGUCUGAGUAUCUCGUAGGUGUUUUCACCUACUCGUUACUUUUGCUUCCAUUGCCAUGGCCUUGAGGAUUUUGCAUAUUUUGUGGAUGACUCGAGCAUCUGAGCAAAUGGUCUUGUGAAAGUGAUGGGUAUAAUUUUCUGCUGUCAGCUGAUUUAUUUUCUUGUGAAACUUUGAAGACUGAAUUUGUUACCACAUGGUAUGCUUUUUACAAAGGUUAAAAUAAGCUGUUUGUGAAAGAACAUGUAAUAUGCUAGAAAUGGAGAGUCCAGGAAGUUUGUUCUUCUGUUAGUCUUUGUUUGCUGGCCAAGAACAGAAGCCUCUGAUUACAUAUAUAUGUCAGUUCUAGAGUUUCUAAAGACAAAUUUUAGGAAACCAAGCAUGUAGAAUAAGAGUUUAAAAGUUCUGACACAUGAAUACUGUAAGAAAGGCGGAGGAAUAUUAGAGUUGCAGAAAGGGAUUUUACUAUGAAUUGUUGGAUUACGCUAAGGCAGGAAGAUUUAAAUCAAGUGUCAGAAUGAGUCUCCUGACAGUAAAAUUUUUUAGGUUAUGCAAGACCUCUGUGCUCUGAGAUGUUCCUAAAAAACAGUAGGACCUACCUAUCCACCCUGUCCUCCCCCUUCAUUCAGAAGGACCUCAAAGCUCUUUUGUAGCAGUAUAUGGAAAGGUUAUGUUUCUCCUCUAGUGGAAUACAGCCUCUCCUGAGGUAGACUAUAAAAGCAAAGCUGAUGAGCAGUCUUUGAGAUGUAUGGAGAGUAGGAAAUGGUAUUAUGGUCAAGGAAGAUUCCGCUAGUCGUGGUUGUUUUUAAUAUAAUACAACUAAGAUUAUAUUUUUUUGUUAGCUCCCAGAAUUGGUUUUCAGGAUUGAGGUGCAAGUUAUUUAUAGUGCUAUGCUGUAGGGCUACACGUAAUGCUACACAUUCAUUACUGUUUUCUACUGCAGCAUAUACACAAGUUCUUAAAUGAAACCUGGACUAGUCGUUAUCACAAGGAACUAAAUCCAGAGUUGCUGACUUUUCUUUGGUCUGUCAUUGCUUCUAUAUUUUCGCUUGGAGGCCUGUGUGGAGCCCUUAUUGGAGGCAGCAUGGCAAUUUGGCUAGGCAGGAAAGGAGCUCUUUUGAUGAAUAAUAUUAUAGCAAUACUGGCCUCCAUUUUAAUGGGGAUCAGUUUUCCUACAGGAUUGUUUGAGUUACUGAUUGCUGGAAGGUUUUUGAUUGGCAUAAACUCAGGUAUUGGGAUCUGUGUGCAGCCUCUGUAUAUUGGAGAGGUUGCCCCAAAACAUCUUAGAGGUGGCAUGGCCAUGGGGAGUUCCAUCUUUCUGACUGGAGGGAUUCUGACAGGACAAAUAAUUGGUUUGAGGGAAUUACUAGGUGGAGAAACAUAUUGGCCUCUGUUGCUAUCCAGCAGCUGUUUCCCAGCAUUUGCCCAACUUGUAUUCCUGCCAUGGUUUCCUGAAAGUCCCAGAUAUCUUCUUAUUGACAGAGGUGAUGAGCUGAGCUGUGCCAAAGCUUUGAAACGAUUUCAUGGUUCUUCAGAGUAUCGAAGGGAGAUGGAAGACAUACAGCAGGAAUGUUUUGCCUUAGACGGGGAGAAACCCAAGAAGCCCUGGCAAUUAUUCACUGAUCGUGGUGUGAGAUGGCAGCUCAUUACUGUGAUUGUGAUGACUAUGGGCCAACAGCUCAGUGGGAUAAAUGCCAUUUAUUUCUAUGCAACUUACAUUUUUGAACAAGCUGGGAUCUCAGCAGAAAAAAUCCCGUAUGUGACACUUGGCACUGGAGCUUGUGAAUGCCUCACAGCUCUCACCUGUGGUUUACUGAUAGACUACGUGGGAAGAAGAUACCUCAUCAUUGGGGGUUAUCUCCUUAUGACCCUUUGGAGCAUUGUUUUAACGUUCUCUCUGACUUACCAGGAACUGUACUCAUGGGUGCCUUAUGUGAGCAUGACAUCUAUAUUUGCCUUCAUCUUGAGUUUUGGGUUGGGACCAGGUGGCAUAACAAAUACCCUGACAGCUGAAUUAUUUAUACAGUCUUCACGUCCUGCUGCCUACAUGAUAGGAGGGACUAUUAGUUGGAUUAGUUUCUUCACAAUUGGAAUGCUCUUUCCCUUUAUAGUGAAUGGACUGAAGCAGUAUUGUUUUCUGGUGUUCUUAUUGGAGUGCUCCUUAGUUGCUGCUUUCAUCUUCCUCGUAAUUCCUGAGACAAAAAACAAAUCUUUUCUGGAAAUCAAAAAGGAAUUUCACAAGCUUAAUUUUGGAAGAAAUACCAAAAAAAAGGAAACAGAGCUUUAUGAAAGAAGACAACUCCAUGAUGAAUUUUAAAAUUUGUGUAAUUUCACAGCUGUAACAGAACUUUAAUAAGAAUUACAAACAGCAUCUUCUAAAUUAGCAGUGUAAUACCAUGAACAAGUAGCUUAUUAUAUCCUCCUGUAUAUUUGGAGGAAGUUUAAAGGCAGGUUAAUCUUUCUGAAAUGCUGUUAAAACAUAUAUUGCUGAAAUGCUAUUAACAACAUAUUAUAUUAUACAUAGGAGAUGAUGUUUAACUACAACUUGAUGUUGUAGGGACACAGAAAUGCCAGGAGAGGGUGUUCAGUGAAUUCCUCCCCCCCCAGCAGAUUUCUUCAGAUAAUUCAGUAGCUUUUCUUAUAUUUCUAAGCCCCUUCUUCAGAUUCAGGUAAUCAAGCAUAUGUUAAUGCUUUACGGAAUAAAAUAUUCUGAGGCAUUAAAACCCAAACAAGAACUGACCUGCUGAGAAACUGAUAUUUGAAAUAUUCUAGUUCAUAUAUAAAUUGGGGUAUUAGUUGCUGUUUUUCACUUAAGUAACUUCUUUGAAAGAAUUAAGGACAUUGCUCAUCUAGUCCUACUACUGUAACUGUACAAAGACAGGAGAGCACCUAUCUGAAUUACUGUUAUACCUAUCUGAAUUACUGUUAUUUGUAAUAAAGUGUAUUAGAAAGACUUGUUUCCAGCACUAAUAAAAGUGUUUCUGGA